CGCACGUGAAACUCUCCCAGGUAGAUUUGUCAUGGCCGGAAAAGACCGUCAAGCUCUCAGGCUGUAUGAAAGAAUGGCGGCAGAAGUGGAUAUAUUCACUUUCCUGAAAAAAUGAAAUACACCUGGCUAAAAGAUGAUAAAGUAAAUCAUCCCACCGUUAGCUCGCUGCGUCCUCUGAAGGAGAACACAGUGUUCACAGAUACUAAGAAGAUGGGCAUCAUUAAGAAGAAAGUGAGAUAGCUGGAAGAGCAGCCCGAUUAUGAGUCCUGAAGUGGAAGAGUGAGGGGGAGGAGCACUGACUGGAUUGUGGGCGGAGGCUGAAUGGAUGUAGCCGAGGAGGUCAGACGUCGGAGGAAGUUGGGGUGUUUCCACUUCUCCUCUUAAAGAUCUUGCGGAAUCUGUUUUCUCUGGGCAUCCUUCAUCUGAUCCUCCAGGUCCUCCUGUGCCUGCUUCAAUGCUGCCUGUAGUCUGCUGGUCUCCUCCAUGUGCUGGGCCAGAAGACGGGACCUGUCCUCCUCCCACUGUCGUAGUUGUUCUCCGGGUCCUUCUCCACCUGGGCACGUGCUGCAUUCAGUAUGGAGGUGUCGUCUAUUUGUUGGGCCAGCAUUAUGGGACCAGCAGCGUAGCAUGAAGACCUCCAGAUGUCACUGCAGUCAUUCAUUAUCCUACAGAGGGACAGUGACAAAAGUACAGGGCUGUCAAAUAAUUGGAAAGAACGACUACUUGAAUGUUAAAAUAUAUGAGUUUGAAGUUUAGAUUUUAAGUGGUAUAGUCAACAGAAAUCAACGUCUCAGACGUCAACAGGAAGAUUAUUUCAGAGAAAGUACAGUAGAAGAAGGCCCUGCAGCCCCCUCCUAACAUUUUCACCUUUGUUGAACAGUUACGUUAACACCUUAAAGUCGGAUCUGGAAUGAACGGGACGAUAGAGGCUGGAACAGGUGUGUGGUGUGUUCAGUUUCUGGUUUAGUUUAGCUUGCUGCUGCUGCUUUUCAUUCUGUUUUUCUCCCUGCGGGUUGGUAUCUACUUCAGCCUGAAGGCCAUUGACCUGCGUUUCAACAGGGUGUAUCACCAGCUCAGUUUUAUCGCAGUAUAAUAUGUAAUAUAUUGUAAUGUAAUGUUCUGCAGUGAACUGCAAUCAAAAUGAAAGAAAAUACGUUCUUAUUUUUCCACGUACUUUUCCUGAGAGUCAGCUUGUCUGCUGGUGAGUAAACUGUACUUAUUCUGUGAAAAUGACACCUGCCCUUAUUUGCCAGCUGUUAGUUUGAAGAUGGAGGAAAAGAACGAUUAUUUACCCAUGGAGGGGAAUAUUUAUUACAGCAAUAGCCUUGUUGUUAAGUGUGAAGGGAGGUAUAUGGUCCACACUGAUGAAUUUAAUACUGCUGAUGGUGAGAGUCUCAUAUUUGUCCCAACAGCGCAGAACAAGCCUAUCCAUGCCCCUCAGACCUGAUCUCCUACUAAGUGGUGGUACGUCACCAGUGCUCUCCAGAUUAGUUUCUGUUUCAGCAAACCGGAACUUCAGCAAAGAGGACAUGGACAAGGAUGACUUAUGAACAGCAAAUUGUCUUUUUUAAGUAGGUGGAGUAAACAUGAGCAGACAUGAGAGGAGACUUCAUCAGACAUUUUCUGGUAACCACCCCUUCAGUGGGUGUGGUGAUUCUGGGAAAAUAACUGCAUAUAGUAUUUACAUUCUGCACAGAUUUCACCAACUGAGAUGCUGUGAACUGCAAUCAAAAUGAAAGAAAAAACGCUCUUAUUGUUCUGCAUUCUUUUCCUGAGAGUCAGCUUGUCUGCUGGUCAUUUGGAUGGUUUUGUUAGACUGGUUGAUGGUCAAGAUCCCUUCGAGGGCCGUGUGGAGAUCUUUCAUGAUGGAACUUGGGGGACUGUGUGCGAUGAUGACUGGGACAUAAAUGACGCUCAUGUAGUGUGUCGCCAGCUCUAUUUCUCUAGUGCAACAGAAGCUGUAGGAUCCGCUGCAUUUGGCCAAGGACUUGGUAACAUCUGGAUGGACGACGUACGCUGUACCGGGACAGAGUUGAGCCUGCUCCAAUGUGAAUAUCUUGGUUGGGGGCUCAGUAACUGUGCUCAUGGUGAGGAUGCUGGUGUUCGAUGCAAAAAUGAAUUUACAGGCCGGGAUCUAAGCCACGAGUACGAUUUGGACCACAACGCAAGCCUCUCUCGCCAGCUGGGGGAGCUGUUUGACGGUGGAAGUAGCUGUGACGUGAACAUUGCAGUGGUGGUGGAUAAUGAGACCGUUGAGACAAUCUGUGCUCACGCGAUCGUCCUUUCUCUGAACUCAGACCUCAGAUCUUCACAGCCAGACCUCAGCCGCCUCAGCAUUGACGUCACUUCUGACUGCCUGCAACACGCCAACGACUUCGUCAGAAUUCUCUACACAAGAAAGCUUAAAGUUACGCUCUCCUCUGCCCACUGCAUUCUGAAGAUGGCAUCCGACUGGGGUCUGACAGAUCUUCAGAAUAAGGCUCUAGAUGUUUUCAGACUGCUUCUUCCAGAGGAUCCCACUUUCCAGAGUCAGAUUUCUUUGUAUGAGUAUGCAGUUUUUACAGGUGAUGAGAACCUGCAGGAAGUUUUCAUGCGCUAUCUGGCGUGGAACUGUGAGGCGCUGAUCCGUUCCCCUGCCUGGACGAAUCUUUCAUUUGAUCAGGUCAAAGCUCUUCUGUCUCGCUCAGACCUUGUGGUACAUAAUGAAACCGUCAUCCUGAAUGGACUGGAGAGCUGGGCGGCAGCCCAAGGAAACAAAACUAUUCCAGAGGUGCUCCUGAAGCUCAUCCGUUUCCCAUUGAUACCAGCUGAGGACUUAUACCAACUUGAUGGGUCACAGUACUAUGCUAGCAAGUUGCAGGGGUUUCAGUUUAAUGCUCUGCCCUUCAUGACACUGCUCAUUAACCUGACAGACGACCAAGAUGUCUACACACCCAGGAUUUACACUGGCAGCCCGUGGAGCUUUACCUUCCACUACUACAUCAUCAGAGCUUACAAGAACAUGGGGUCCGACACUUUUCAUGACCAGCACGUCACUAAUCUGACAUUAGAUUUCCAAACACCUCUUCACAACACUGCGUGUUUUACUUUUCACAACGUGCGCUGGAAAACACGGGUAUUAUUCAAUGAUCAAGACUGCUUGAGUGAAAAUGUCACCUGCCCUUCUUUGCCAGCUGUUAGUUUGAAGAUGGAGGAAAAGAACGAUGAUUUACCCGUGGAGGGAAGUAUUCAUUACAUCAAUAGCCUUGUUGUUAAGUGUGAAGAGAGGUAUGUGGUCCACAUUGAGGAAUUUGAUACUUCUGAUGGUGAGCAUCUUGUAUUUGUCCCAAGCAGCGCAGAACAAGCCUAUUCAUGCCCCUCAGACCUGUUCUCCUACCAAGUGGUGGUACGUCCUCAGUACUCUAUAGAUUAGUUUCUGUUUCAGCAAAACAGAACUUUGGCAAAGAGGACAUGGACAUGGAUGAUUUAUGAACAGUCUUUUAUGUAGGUGGAGUAAACGUGGCCAGGCUUGCCCUGUAUGUGAGCCUGGUGAUGUGUGGCUCAGCUGUUCAGGGCUGAUGAUUGUGUUUGUGAUGACAGUCUUGGUUUCUGUUCUCUUUGCUUAGGUACUGUAGUAGAGGAUAGCCCAUUUUUACAUGGCUGAUGAUCGAAAGUAUAACCUUUAAGAUAAGAUAUACUUUAUUAAUCCCUAGCUGCCGAAAUUCGGGUAUUACAGGCAGCAUGUAAUAAAAAAAAUGAUAAAAAAAUAGAGUCAUAAAAAGUUGUAAAAAACUCAGCAAUGUCCAACAUACUCCAAAGGACCUCAGUCUUCUCAGAAGACUGCCCUAUGGCCCUUCCUGUACAGGACAUCAGUGUCAGUGGACCAGUCCAGUUUAUUGUUGAGGUGGACACCCAGGUAUUUGUAUUUCUCCAUGAUUCCAUGGAGACCCCGGUGUAGUCUGUGGUGGCAGUAGCACAAUUUCUAUACUUUUAUUCUUGACUGUAUACCUGAACACUCAAUAGAGAACAUUGGUGAAUAGAUUUACAGUUUAACAUGUAUCUGAAUAACUGAAUUGUUGAAUAAAUGUUUUUAACACCUGAAAA